UUAGCCAUAUCAGACCAGCAUCAGCUACUGGGACAUCAUUUGAAAUUGUUAAAUCUGGUCAUCAAUUUUUUUUUUUUUUUUUUUGGGAAAUAUAGAAUCUGAAUUUAUCCCAUAAGCACUUUAACUAUGGUACUACUACUAACUCUUGAACUAAUCUGCUUUCAUCCCGGAAUUCAAGAGCAAGUAAGUAGAAUCAGAUUAUUAUCCAUUAUUAGUCACAUCCUAUCCUAUCCUAAUUUUAAUCCAAAUUGUUGUUAAUCCUUUUACUAACUCUCUUCCAUUAUCUCUGUAACACAUGGCUAUCCUUAUAGCCACUCUCACUCCUAUAUAUGCACACCCAAAUGCACCUUCUUUUCAUUCGCUCACGCACAGCUUGAGCAUAUAAUUCACUAUUUUCUCGUUUUGGGUUUUCUGGGUUGGGACUUAAAAAUCGUCAAGAAUGGAGAUUGAUCUUUCACCGAAGUUGCCCAAGAAGGUGCACGGUGGAGAUGGUGGGUCCUACUUUUCUUGGUGCCCGUCUGAGCUUCCCAUGCUCCGUGAAGGUAACAUUGGCGCUGCCAAGCUGGCCCUUGAGAAGAACGGGUUUGCUCUCCCUCAAUACUGCGAUUCUGCCAAGGUCGCUUACGUCCUUCAAGGUAAUGGUGUAGUUGGAAUUGUGCUUCCUGAGAAGGAAGAGAAGAUUCUUCCAGUGAAGAAGGGUGAUGCCAUUGCCCUCCCUUUUGGAGUUGUUACUUGGUGGUACAACAAGGAGGACACUGAGUUUGUAGUUCUUUUCUUGGGUGACACUUCAAAAGCACACAAAAGGGGUGAGUUCACUUCCUUCUAUCUUAAUGGCUCCAAUGGCAUUUUCACUGGCUUCUCAACUGAGUUUGUGGGUCGAGCAUGGGAUUUGGAGGAGAGCAUUGUGAAGACUCUCGUUGGAAAGCAAUCCGGUAAGGGCAUAGUCAAGCUUAGUGGAGUUAACUUACCUGAGCCAAAGAAGGAACACCGAGAUGGUAUGACAUUGAACUGUGAAGAGGCUCCUCUGGAUGUUGACAUUAAGAAUGGUGGAAGAGUUGUUGUUUUGAACACUAAAAACCUUCCUUUGGUUGGUGAGGUUGGACUUGGCGCUGACCUUGUUAGAUUGGAUGGAAGCGCUAUGUGCUCCCCUGGAUUUUCUUGUGACUCCGCCCUGCAGGUGACUUAUAUUGUUAGGGGCAGUGGCCGUGUCCAAGUUGUUGGAGUUGACGGUAAGAGGGUCUUGGAAACAACUAUCAAAGCUGGUAAUUUGUUCAUCGUUCCUAGGUACUUUGUUGUUUCGAAGAUUGCUGAUCCAGAUGGCUUGGAAUGGUUUUCUAUCAUCACUACUCCCAAUCCCAUAUUCACCCACUUGGCUGGAAGCAUUGGUUGUUGGAAGGCUUUAUCUCCUCAGGUGCUCCAGGCUGCCUUCAAUGUGGAUGCAGAUACAGAAAAACUAUUCCGGUCGAAGAGGACUGCUGAUGCUAUCUUCUUCCCUCCACCAAAGUGAACAAGUUUAGCUUAUAUCUAGUUUCGUGGUCCAAAUAAAGGCAUUUUGCAGUUAGGGAUUUCUUUGGCUUUGUUUUAAAACCCUCUUCUAGGGAGAUGUCAUGUUAGCUAUUAUGGUUUAAUUUUGGAACUUUCAUAAAUGUUAAUAGUAGUGGCUUUUGGACCUGCCAUAUUGCUUAUAAAA